AUGUCCGAACCGGCACGAAAACGCGCAAGAUUGGCAUGCGUGACCUGUAAUGCGCGACGGGUCAAAUGCGAUGUUACCGACCGACAGCCUUGUAGUAACUGUAUAGCCGGCAAUGUCCAAUGCGAGACGCGCGAAUCGAGGCGAGGGAAACACGUGAGGAAGCCGCGGGCAGAGACGGAAGUGCGCACCCAAACAUCGCCCAUUGCGCCUGUUUCAAGCCCGCAGCGACACGAUGACGAGGUCGCCGCGUCGCACGUGCUAGCCUCCCUAUCGUCAAACUUCCACAGCCCUCUCAACACUCAAGCCCCGGUCACUGGAAGUCCUUACCAACUCGGCACGCCAGCAGUUUCAUCGGAACAUCAAAGCAACACAUCUGGGGUAGAGAAUGCCCAACACGAAGAUGCUGUAUUUCUUGGUGAAUCCAGCUCAUUGCGUUAUGUGACGGGUGAGCCAUCUGCGGCAGCCGCGGAGCGCCGGCAGUCAUGCUUUCGUCAUGCUAUCCCGAGGGCCGUAAGAGCAGAAGCCCUCGUUCCUGAGUGGGAAACAGAGAGACGCGUCGCCAGAAAGAUAGCGCUGCAAGCAGAAGGUGCUUUCACAUUUCCUCCUACCGAAGUCCGAGGUGAGCUCCUGGAGGCUUACUUCAAGUGGUUUCACCCACACUUCGCAAUCCUCGACGAAGAGGACUUCUGGGCAUCUUACUAUGGAUUUGAAUUUUCAGGCCUACUCCUACAAGCCAUGAUGUUCAUUGGCGUCAUACACUGUGAAGAGUCAACGCUCAACAAUCUUGGAUGGGGCAACCGUCAUCGUGCGAAAUGGCUCUUUUAUAUUAGAGCCAAAGAUAUCUACGACGCCACUGUCGAGACCAACAAGGUCAUAGUCAUACAGGCUCUGUUUUUGAUGAGCUUCUGGCGAGCGGGCCCGUUGCUGGAGAAGGACGCUCGUCAUUGGCUUGGGACAGCCAUCAGUCUCUCCCAGACCAGGGCACUGCAUCGAUCCGGUGGGGACACUGAAGAAAAGCUCACCCGACUUAAGAGACGUCUCUGGUGGGCCAUUUACGUCCGCGAGAGACAAUGCGCAACAGCUCUAGGAUUACCAUGCCGAAUACGCGACAAAGAUUGUGACAUCGAGCCCUUAUCACUCGCUGAUUUUACGUCCGCCUUCAAGCCCUCAACUUCAUCCGAUGACCGGAAUUGCUAUACUACCUACGCCAUAAGCAUGCUACAAUUAGCCGUCUUUCUAGGCAGGGUAGUUGACGCGGGGUACCUGCCAAAUCGUACGCUCAUACCCGAAGAUAGAUCGCGGAUCCGCGACGACUUGUACAAGUGGAGGAAGGACCUUCCAACUCCCAUGCAAAUGUACACUGAUAAUGGCGAUGCUCCCAACUUCCAGGCCUGUAUGUUACAUCUCGCGUAUAACAACCUGCUCAUACUGCUCGACCGCACCAGUUUCAUCUUGGAUGAAACCGGCAAUACCGUAACGGACGGCAACGUUGCGCUACAGGCCGCGGCGCGUAACGCGCGCAUAGUCGAAGACAUGCUUCCAUAUGGGAACAUAGGGCACGCUCAGAUGCACGUAAUCACCAACCUCUUCAAUACGCUCUGCAUCCAUGUUGUAAACUUCAGGCGCUCAGUUGGCAUUCACAGAACGCUCGCGGAGCACCGGGCAAAGGUCUGUCUGCUGGGUCUUCAGGAGCUUCAAAAGACGUGGGAAGUGACGAACUGGGUGUUACAGCUAUUUUUCCAGUAUCUCGAUAGAGAAACUGCUUCGAGGUUGGCAGUGGAAGCAGAUGAUGGGAACGCUAGUCAGCAACCAGACGGACAAGCUUCAACCAGUACUACAGCGCAGCAACCAUCCCAGCAUCCCGCUACGGAUAGCAUCGUGCCUCGUCAUACGCAACAAUCUGGAGAUCUUACACCAUCUUCGAACAGUCCAAAGCCCUGGUUGUGGACUUUGGAUAAAGCCGACCAGUAUCUUUUCGAACAGAUCGAGAACGACUUUGCGUUCGGCGAAGGUGGAUUACAGCAGUGGGGUCCAGAGGAUGUAUUGAACGAUUCCGUCUACAGUUGA